UGGACAUAAUUUAUAUAUAUUUUCCUUGUCUAUAAAGAAUGAGGAUCUACCGUUUGUGGACGUCUUUGGGAGUCUGUUGAUGCACCUGUUGACAGAGGACAAACCCUUAGUGUUUAAGAAUGGACAAAUUUGCAGCGAUGAAGACUGAUGAUGCUCAGUUUUGUUUGGACAACUACAGAAGAGUUGAAGACAGGACCGGGCCGAACUGUGAAGACUCACCUCAGACGAGCUUAACAGACGGACAGAGCCCAGACAUGCAGCAGGCCGAGAAAAUCUCUGCCAUGAAGUACAGAAGAUGCAGCUCCCCCAGGUCUCGUCUCGGUGGGGUGAAAGCUCGUCACAAAAGGCAGGUGCUCCAGGACAUGGCUCGGCCGCUGAAACAUUGGCUGUACAAGCACCGGGACAACCCUUACCCAACAAAAACCGAGAAGGUUCUUCUCGCUCUGGGUUCACACAUGACACUAGUGCAGGUUUCCAACUGGUUUGCAAACGCCCGGCGAAGGCUGAAGAACACGGUGAGGCAGCCAGACCUGAGCUGGGCGCUGAGGAUCAAGCUCUACAAUAAAUACAUCCAGGGAAAUGCUGAGAGGCUGAGUGUGUGCAGUGACGAUACAAACUCGGACGACGAAGAGUGCACCCUACCGACUCCAACGGCCCAAUCAAACUUUGGCGGCUCGUCUUACCGCCGAAGCCUGCUUGAGAAACAGGCCAGCGUCCUCGCCGGGACAGACUUCUCCAACGAAGACGACGGCACGUCUCCUCCGUCCAAGUACAAGAGUAGCUUGCUGAACCGCUACCUGAACGACACCCUGCGACACAUGAUGGCGGCAAAGGCUGACGCCAUUGCCUCCGCUCAUGGGAAGAGAUGCCUUUCCCAAUCGUUCAGCUCCAACGAAUGCGAUCGAGAUGUUGUCUCGCCGGAUUCUUCCUCCGAAGCAGAGGCCAACUUCAUCUACAGCACGGAUACAACUGACGACACUUCAGUUAAAAGUUGCAGGGGCCAGCCGCGGAGCCGAAACCCACCGAGAAAAGACGGCCAGGGCUGGAGGGAGAUCCACGCCGCCGUGGCUCUCACCAGCCUGGCCCAGGGCAAGGCGGCUCAGAGCGCCGGCCCGGCACCCGGCGCCGCCACGGGCCAGAGCCGCGCCGCGGAGCCCUCCUCCGCAGCGAAGGCCAGCCUCACGGGCAGGCUGUGCGUGACGGGAGCCGUGUCGGCCCUGAAGCAGAGCGCGGGGACCGCCCUCACCAGCCGCAUCAUCCAGAAAUCGUCUCAUAUCUCCGAGGUCCAGACUGUCAAAGCCCCCCUGGCAAACACCGGGUAGGCACUGGAUGCCGUGUUCCACUCGCCGCCAGCCAAAGUGCCUCGCAGUGUGCACGGUGUGCAGGCCUGACGUUUUACACCUUUAACACAUUUCUAAUUAUGUUAUAUACUGUAACAUCUAAUUAGUACCCCGAAGAGUGAAUCCAAUUAAUGUCUGCUUGCUUUGCUACGCCCUACAUGACCUUCGUUUUUCCAUAACUUAUAAGAACUGUCCAGACACCGGAGAAUCCUCCCGUGAUGAAGUUGUACAGCAGCCGUUUGAAUAAAGCCAAUGUGAAAGCGCCUGGCCUGCCUUUUUUUAUCCUUCUGCUUUAAAUCAUCACUUUACAGGGGCUGAGACAACCUAAUUAUGUUCC